AGCAAAAUCUUUCGUUGAAAAAGAUAAGCUCUCGUUUCGUUUUUUUGUAAAUCCAAAAUUUCAAAACAAAUCCCACUGUAACCCCGAUGGAUCUAGAGGUGGUGGGCCGCCACGCGCUGCUCUUUGACGAUGACGCCAUGGCGUCGUUGGUCAACUCCGGGGCUCUCGUUGACUGGAACUCUCUCUCCAUCGACCGAUACGAUGUUCGCCACCUUCUUUCCGGACCUCCUCCACCCCGUAAGAGGCGGCGCCACCUUUCCUCUCCAUCGAAAACCGCCGGUGAUACGCUGGAGUCCGAUCUCGACCGCGAGCGUUACCUCGAUUUGCCUCCGCCCUCUCCCUCGCUGCCCGAUCAUCAAGAUGGAGAUAAUGACGAUGGACCUGCCGCUUCUGGUGGUCAAUAUAAUGCUGUUUCAUUUUCAUAUGGAAACGCUGGGGAAUCCAAUGAGUGGAAGGAUGCUGAUGUGGAGUCUAGUUUUCGGCCACCCUUUCCUGUGCCCAAAACCUUACUUCAAAACCUACCCCCUACGGAGAAAGUGCAUCUGAUUAUAUCAAGAACAGCGUUAUUUGUAAGCAAACAUGGUGCACAGUCAGAGAUUGUUUUGAGGGUCAAACAGGGUGACAACCCAACAUUUGGCUUCUUGAUGCCGGACCAUCCGCUUCACCCAUACUUUAGGUUUCUUGUUGACCACCAAGAACUUUUGAGCAGCAAUUCUGUCGAUGAGGAGGGCAAAGCCGAUGGUGCACAUGAUCGGGCAAGUAGUGUUAGAGGCGGUGCUUUAUCUUUGCUUGGUACUGUAUAUGGUUCUGGAGAAGAUGAGGAUGGUGAAACGGAAAAUGAUACUGAAGUUAAGAGAACGGAAUCUGUGAGAGCUGGGGUCGCUAUUGAUAAAGCAUCAACUGAUGGAACAGAGCAGAAAGAAUCUUCUAUAAGUGUUAAUAGAAAAUAUGAUGCAGUGACUAGGCAUUCAGCUCCUUUAAAGGAAAAGGCUUCUGUGAUCAAAAGAAAUCAAUCGAUAAAAACAGUUAAGGCUGGAACGACUACUGUGAUGAAGAAAGAAAGUGAUCCCUCUGCAGCUGAGAAAUCACGGGCUUCUUCUUUUCCACCAACAUCGAAGGUUGAAUUACCUGUUGUGGAGCCCCCAUCAGAUUUAAAGAGAGUGGUUGAUAAGAUUGUCGAAUUCAUACUGAGGAACGGUAGACAGUUCGAAGCAGUUCUUGUUGAACAAGAUGUUAAGCAUGGGAGGUUUCCUUUUCUGUUGCCAUCCAAUCUAUAUCACCCUUAUUAUUUAGAAGCUCUUCAAAACGCCAAAAAGUCAAAGUUACCUGGUAAAGCUUUUGGUUCCGAGAAGCAUGAUUCGUCUGGCUGUGGUCUAGAGAGGGAAGCUGCUUCAUCCCGAGAAAGUGAUAGUGCUUCUGUUGGAUCCGACAUACCGUAUAAUUCAGAUAGGAAAGAGAAGUUUAAAAUGGUAAUCAACAAAUCAAGGAAGGAUGGUCAGGAUCCCCCUUCCAAAGCUUCCCAUCCACAAAUUGGAGUUAGUGUGGACGCAGCUGCCGCAGCUGCUAUUCUUCAGGCUGCCACAAGAGGCUUUAAGAGACCAAAUCUAGAGGUUCUCUCGAAAGUUUCGUUAAACGGUAGCAGCCAGGUUCCAACCAGUGAAGAAGGGCAGGCCCCAAAUUUUGGUAGUUCCUGUUCGUCUCAGCCCAAAAGUUCUGAGAAGGCAGGGCAGAAAGGUGAGGUGAGUGUUUCCGGUCCUGUUGCCAAUGCAAUUGCAAAGACAGCAGCUAUUGUAGCUGCAAGUGAGGCUGAUUCCUCUGAGGCAUGUUUAACAAAAGAAGAGAAGUUGAAAGCCGAGCGACUAAAACGGGCAAAGAUGUUUGCUGCCUUGAUCAAAAGUGGUUCUGCACCGCUUAAAACUGAAGCAUUGCGUGGCUUAUCUGCGGAACCACCUGACUUGGGGGUUUGUGGUUCUGGUGUCGAGAGUGGACUUGGAAAGGUAAUGGAAGGCAGCCCAGUUGCAUCGGAUGUCAAUACUUGCGAUAAAAAUGAAAAGCAUGAAAAGAUGAAUUCCGGUAUUGAUAAUAAUGAACGGCGGUCGAAGAGGAAGUACCGUACUAGAUCAGAAAGACAUGAAGCAGAUAGUGGACAGGAGGAGGGGGUGAAACAAGAAGAAGAAAAAGAAGAGGAAGUAAGGGACAGGCACUCGGGUAAAAAGCGGAGAUCUCAUCACCAUAGUAGGGAUAGGCGGAAGCAUAGGCAAAGGCAUUCCUCUUCAAAGCAUAGAGAUUCUCGACAUCUGCAUAAGCAUGAUAGUAGCACCGAUGAUGAGCGAAGUCAUAAGUCUGACAACUCCGAUAGCGACCAUCAUCAUUCUCGACACAAACGGAAGAGAGAUACCCCUUUAGACAUUGAACACCGUAGACAUAGUGGUUCGAUUGAGGGUGAGAAUCGGCACAAGCAUGAUAACUCCUCUGGGGAUGAGUAUCGACGUUCUAGACACCGUCAUAAGCACCGUAGGUCCUCCGACGAUGAGUACUAUCAUCGAAGGAAGAGAUCAGGAAGAGAAGCGGAAUUGGAGGAAGGAGAGAUUAUUGCAAAAUCAGAUAAAUCUAAAUUGAGUGAGGGCAAUGCUGCUAGCAGGGAAGCUUCUGCAGACAUAUCAAACCCGGCCGCGGCCGAGGGAAGGGCUUCGUCCAUGCCAUCUGCUACCACGACGAUUUCCAAUGAUUUAAGAGCCAAAAUCCGAGCUAUGCUGAUGGCGACCUUAUAGCAAGCCCUGACCUUUUUUUUCCUUCAGUUUUCAUCUGGUUUUCGUUGAACCAAAAAAAAUCUAAUAGAUGCUUUCUCAUGUAUCAGCUUUGGUUGUAAUCUUAUUACCAUAAGAUAGUGGUGGCUUCAGAUUCAUAUGUAUGACCAAAUUAGUCAAUUUCUGAUU